AUACUUCGUUUUUUCGUCAGGGUGGGUGUGCGCAAAAAUCGGUCGGCAAGCAAUUCAAAAGUUAGAGCAAUCGGAGCGAACCAAAAACGAGAAGAACUUACUAAACUGUGAAAGAAAAAUAAAAAGGCUAACCUACUCGGCGAGCUGUAUUUAUUUCGACAAGUAUUUGAGUAUUUGGAGUGCAAGCCAAGGCGAAGGAAGUGGAAGGACAAGCAACGAAAUCGUGCUCUUAUCCGUUCCUGUACUGUGUCUCUCUUUCGCUGCGAGAGUGAGUGUGUUGGUGUGAGUGUAGAAAUUUGCAAGAACAGCAACGCCAAUAAACGAGGAAUCGAGAAAAAAACGCAGUGGCGCGUGAAUCACGAGCAAUCUGAAUCAUCUCCCUACAGCAAUACCUGUUUCUGUUGGCGAAUACUUUAUUGCAAAUAAAUCCCAAAAAGAUGGAGCACCACGAGGACAACGCGCAAUUGGACAACUACUUGCAGAACCGGCUGGCCGAAUGUUUGCAAAUUUCCGGAGGUGCCGGCGAGCAUAAUCCUCAUGUUGGAGACGCCACUGGGGAGAACUGCUCCGCUCCUGUCAUCGCGGCCUCAAAGUCGGAAGAAGUCGAUGCGGAAGAAGACGAGGAGUGGAAGUACAUACACGAGGUGCAGCAGAGUGAAAAGCUUCAACAGGAAAUGCUUUCCCUGGCAAAGGAGACCGGCAAUGGUUUUGGGCCCGGACUGGACCCUGAGAAUCACGUCCUCGGAAACGGAGCUGCCGCUGCCUUCCAUCUGGCUUACGAAGAGGACGUGGAAGUGAUCAAGAACGAUGGCGACUUCUCCACAAAUUCUAACACCACUACUUCAACGGACGAGGUGGUAGCCCAGGAGAUCCAGAAGCCAGACCAGUUGGUGGAGGAGCGUGAACAGCAGCAGUUAGAACCGCAAGAAGUUCACGAGGAUCUCCGUCAGGAAGACGAGGAUGAGCACAGCUCCGUGGCCACUACUUAUGGAACCAGCAGUCUUAGUGAGAACAAUUCCUCACCUUUAAAUCAGGAGGAGGUCUUAAUUGCGGCCCAACCAGUUGGUGAAGAGCUGUUAGUGGGCUUCGACAACAAGGAGAACUGCGAUUUUGUUAAAGAACUGGAGGAAAACCACUCCCAACUAAAUCCCAAUGCUGUGGCCUUUGUGCCUUGCUUUGGGUCACAGCCGUCAUCUCCCCUUCCUGCUGCUGAAGAUCCCCUGCCCCGCCAAUUUCUACCGGGGGGAGCCCUUGACGAUCUGGUGGCGGAAAGUCCGCGCAAAGAAUUCGCCAGGAUCAACAUGGAUGCUAUUGCCGUGCCCGAUGAGCGGGAAUUUGACAUUGAAGCGGAUAUGCGACCCCACGAACUAGAGCAGGAAUCUGACAUUUUUGGAGCAGGAAACCUGGAUAUGCAGUUGCUGAAUGGUUUAGGAACCGCUGAGCCAGCAGCUUUAAGGGAUGUUCUGGAUCAUGGUCCAGAAACAAGUGUCGAUAUGGACUUGCCACUAGAUCAGGUGGCUGACGGCGCCGACAUCAUGAAACAAUCAAUUUAUGCCGAGCACAACGCCUCCAUUGAAGAUAUUCUAAAUUCCGUGCAACCUUUGCCCAUUCAGACAGGAGACGACAAGGAACUAAUUCAUGUGGAGGAGAAAGAAAGUGUUUCAAAGUCGCCUUCUACAGAGGAGCUCCAGUUUCACUCCGAUUUUCCAAACAAUCAGGACUCGCAAACAUUGUUCAAUAACAUUCAGCGAGAUCCAAUGCAAGCUUCAUUUUACUUAGAACAUACCUCGAUUAAGGCGCAAGAGGACCACCAGGAGCUAAAGCAGCUUCCCGCAGAGUGCUCUGAUAUUUUUGCCGACCAGAGUUUGUUACUAGACACCAGUGCACCGCAGUUUAGCUCUGAAGCAGACUCGCCUGUGGCGAAAUUGGAGCUGGAAUCCCAGCAAGCUGGCAUUGUAGACAUUACGCCUUCGCCCCUUUCCUCCACUGCGGAGAAACAUCUGGUUGAAGACACCAAGGAGUUAGUUGCGGAGUGUACGUUGGAUACGGAAUCCCAUCUCUUUGAGGUUAUUUCAUCCGAAACUCCUCCACAGAACGACGAGGAGUACGCUGCUCUUAAAUCAGUUUCCGGUGGUAAACCUCAAAACAUUGAUGAAAUAUCACCUGCACCGCAAGGUAUUAAUCCGUUUGCCCAGCCUUUCACGCCCGCGCAUCUGAAAAUUCAGCAGGAGGAUUUAGGAGGUAUGCCUAUAACUGCUUCCGAGGACUUCGCUAUAUGUGAUAAAGAUACGAGUAAGUCUACAAAGAGAGUAGAGGACCAAAGUGAGGAACCAGUCAUCGCAAAGGAGGAACUGCAAGACGCUGUUGGAGAUUUCGUUGCCCAGGAUGGUAAUCUUGGCACUGAAAAGAACUUCGUUGCUGAAGACUGUGUACCCGAAAAUAUGCAGGCUUCAUAUUCGGAAGAGCGACUACCUAUUGCUGUUUCAGAGGAGAUACCACUUUUAUCUGCUUUAAAUGAGAAACUGUUGUCUGGUACUCCAGAUGAGCAAUUGCUGCCUUCUGCCUCGGAAAAGGAAUUGCUCUCUGCUGAUGCAGAGGAGCAAUUGUCAACUGCUGCCGAUGGGCCGAUAAUUGCUCAGUUAGAUGAAAAUGUUAUCUCAAGUAAUAGGCCUUUGGAAGAUAUUUUAGAAGUAGAAAAAAAUAUUGAAGCUGCGAAAACAUUGUCCAAAGUAACUUCUGUUGCUACUGUAGCUGGAGGUGCUGUUCCUGGUGCUACCAAACCCCAUUCAGCGACCAAAGCUGGAUCUACAGCAGCUAGUGCUAAACCGAAAACAGCAGCCUUGGUAAUGAAGAAGACUACACCGAGCACUACUUCUGUUUCCGGGGCAAACAAGUCAGCCGCUCCACGUCCAAGUACCGCCCGCCUUGGAACCAAAACUACAAGUAUAGAUACGAAAACUGUGACUACAUCUUCAGGAACUGGAAACCCUCGAAAAUCACUGAGCAGCAUUGCCGCAUCUACAGUAAAACCACCGACCAAGUUAAGCAGUACAAGACCAGCUACAGCUCCAGUAAGCAAGGUAACAUUAGGGGCCAAAACCAUAACCAACAAGCCGACAGCAAUUGGAACUACAUCUGCUAAUGCAACCAGGACAACACUUCGUAAACCAGCUACAAGUGGAACCGGAACUGGAGCCUCCUUAACUGCUCGACGACCAGUAACAAAUGCUACAGGAUCUGCUCCUAGCAGCGCUGCUUCAACAAAAAUUCGCCCUGUGGCCACAAUGACAGCCCCAGUCAAGCCUAAAGUUUCGUCACCACGUAGCACCAUUUCUACCACCACCACUGUACGAAAGGUGCCUAGCACAUGUGCUCCUUCCCUUUCUACUCGUAGCCCUACCAAGCAGCAAGCCAAUGGAUUAGGCAAAAAUACCAGCUCUACCACCACUUCCACUACUACCGCAACUAUCACAAAAUCUUUCACAGCUCGCCCAGCUCCUAAGUUUACGCAUUCUGCUAGCUCCAUCAAUAACAAUGGGAGUACAACACGACGAUUACAGGUUCCUGGAAGCUCUACUACUACGACCACGUCGUCUCUCAGGAAGUCAUCACCAUCAAAGGCAGCACCAGGCAAAGUCUCAUCAAAGCCACUGACACCGAGUUCCAAAGAUGGCGCCACUAAAUCAUCGCCGGCUGUAUUAAAAGCUCGGAAGCCUACUUUUAAUGGCAAGGAAGGGGUAGCACCAUCCCCCAAAAGUACUCUAACCACUAAUGGUCAAAGCAAUGCGGAAGAAGUUGUCAAGCUUAACGGAAACGGACUUCCGGAAGAGGACAAGAUUAUUGAGAAGCAACCGUUUCAUGACCAAGAUGUCCUUGCCCAAAAUGAAGUGUCUCUUUUGGACUUUUAAUGUACAUCCUAAAUUCCAGAUCACACAGCUAAAAUUACUUUAUUAAUGCUGAAAACAUAUUAAGGAAAAGUGUUUAAAACGAACAGAAGAAAAUUUAGAAGACUUAAACAGAAAAACGAGUAAUACAAUAGCAUCCUGGUAACCAAAUUAGGAAUUUCUGCUUAUUGUACUUAUUUAUAAACGAUUGCACUCUUGAUUUCUUGCUACAUAUUAUUAUAUUAUUUUACUUAAAACAAUAUUGAACUAUUUUAAAUGAACACGGAGUGAACGAAUAUUUGUGCUAUUUUGUAACGAAAACGAAAGCAAAGUGUCACCAAGUGCUGCGUUAUUUAAAGAUUUUAUAUUUACGUUUGAAAUGUUUUCAAUAUAUUUUUUGCUCACGUUCUUUAUUGUAUUCAAUUGCGUCAACUCUUAUAAAAAAAAAAUAUUUAAAAUUGUCCUUUAUCGAUAAUAAUUUUUGUAUUAAAUUUGAGACACAUACUAAAAAUAAUAAAACAAAAAAAACAUUGUGUAGCAAGAACUAAAAAAGAGGGAAAAUGCAAGUUAAACUAUCGCCUUUUAGUCGGCAUCCUAAAAAGAAAAUACCGAAAUCCAAAACGAAUUAAAGCUAAUCCAACGAAAACCAAGGUUAUUUGACCAGCGAAACUAGUAGACUGCUAUCUACAAAAAAAAUGACGUGCAUAUAUUGUACUUCCCAGCACAUAUAAUUUUAUUAUUUAAAACAACUGAAAACACCUUACUUUUCGAUUGGAUUAAAAAUAUAAUAAUGUGGAAAUCGAGCAGCACUAUAAACAUGUUCAGUACAGAAAUUAAACGAGAAUAAGCUCUUACCCAGUGUAAUCUCAUAAUUUCAAAAACAGUUUUAAAACGUUAUCCAUUUCACAUUUUAUUACUUUUUGCUUCUAAUUAUUGUGACUCAGUUAAAAGUGUAUUAUUAUAUUUAAUUUGUUGAUUAUGCCACAUGGAUCAGAAAACUGAAUGUAUCCCCAGCACCCCUAUACGCUCUCUAUUAAGCAUUGGCCAAAAUGAUGUGCAUACAUUGUACUUCCCAGCACCUGUCAUUUUCUGAUUUAACACUACCGAAAACCUCUUACAUUUCUAUUGGGUUAAAAAUAUAAUAAUGUGGAAAUCGAGCAGCACUAUAAACAUGUUCAGUACCGAAAUUCAACGAGAAUAAGUUCUUACCCAGUGUAAUCUCAUAAUUUAAAAAACAGUUUUAAAAAGUUUUCCAUUUCACAUUUUAUUUUGUUUUGCUUCUAAUUUUUGUGACUCAGUUAAAAGUGUAUUAUUAUUUAUAAUUUGUUGAUAAUGGCACAUGGAUCAGAAAAUUGAAUGUAUCCCCAGCACCCCUACACGCUCUCUAUUUAUAUAUGUGUUUAAUACAAAACUACAAUAAUAUAUAAAUUAACAAGAAAAACUUUUAAAAAUA